AUGAAGAAGCAAUUCAACCGCAUGCGGCAGCUGGCCAAUCAGAUAGUGGGCAGGGCUGAGAAAACAGAAGUUCUGAAUGAAGAUCUUUUGCAGGUGGAGAAGCGUUUGGAGCUGGUGAAGCAGGUCUCCCACAGCACGCACAAGAAACUGAUGGCAUGUCUUCAGGGGCAGCAAGGAUCAGAUUCUGAUAAGCACUCAAAGAAAUUGCCUUUGACGUCACUUGCUCAGUGCUUGAUGGAGGGUUCAGCUAUCCUAGGAGAUGACUCCCUGCUUGGGAAGAUGCUGAAAUUAUGUGGAGAAGCAGAGGACAAGCUAGCUCAACAGCUUAUCCACUUUGAGCUGCAAGUUGAAAGGGAUGUGAUAGAACCAUUGUUUGUGUUGGCAGAGGUAGAAAUCCCAAAUAUUCAAAAACAGAGGAAGCACUUAGCAAAAUUAGUCCUGGACAUGGAUUCAUCAAGGACAAGAUGGCAACAGUCAGCCAAGUCUUCAGGUUUGUCAAGCAACUUGCAGCCUUCAGGUGCCAAAGCGGAUGCUCUCAGGGAAGAGAUGGAGGAGGCAGCAAACAGAGUGGAGAUUUGCAGGGAUCAGCUCUCAGCUGACAUGUACAAUUUUGUGGCCAAAGAGAUAGACUAUGCAAACUAUUUUCAGACUUUAAUAGAAGUGCAAGCAGAGUACCACAGAAAGUCAUUAGCACUUUUGCAGAAUGUGUUGCCUCUAAUCAAAGCACAGCAGGAAGCUUGGAUUGAAAAGCCCUCCUUUGGGAAGCCCUUAGAGCAGUUCGCCAUCACUGCCUUAGAGGAACAUCUGGCUUUCAGUGGCCGGGAAAUCUCCUUCCCUAUUGAGGCCUGUGUCACUAUGCUCCUUGAAUGUGAUCAAGAGGAGGGUCUCUUCCGAGUGGCUCCCUCUGCUUCCAAAUUAAAGAAGCUUAAGGCAGCAUUAGACUGUUGUGUUGUGGAUGUUCAGGAAUAUUCAGCAGAUCCCCAGGCCAUUGCAGGGGCACUGAAGUCCUAUCUUCGAGAGUUGCCAGAACCACUCAUGACCUUUGAACUUUAUGAAGAAUGGAUUCAAGCCUCUAACAUUCAGGACCAAGACAAAAGAUUACAAGCACUAUGGAAUGCCCUUGAGAAACUGCCUAAGGCCAGCUACAAUAAUCUAAGGUACCUGAUCAAAUUCCUCACAAACUUAACCGAGUACUAAGAGGCAAACAAAAUGACACCAAGCAACAUAGCCAUUGUGCUUGGGCCAAAUCUCCUCUGGCCUCAGACAGAAGGAAACAUCACAGAGAUGAUGGCAACAGUCUCUCUACAGAUAGUUGCAAUUAUUGAACCCCUCAUCCAGCAUGCUGAUUGGUUCUUUCCUGAAGACAUUGAAUUCAACUUGACUGGGAACUAUGGAAGCCCUGUGCAUGUGAACCACAAUGCAAACUACAAUUCUAUGCCGUCACCUGAUAUGGACCAUGCCAACCACAAGCACUCUGAUCAGACCCGACGACCACUCAGUGUGGCCACAGGCAACAUGAUGCUUGAGUUCUACAAGAAGGAUGGCACUCUGAAAACCAAGGAACUCUCACUAGUGUCUGGGCAGAAAGGAAGCCCAGUUUGCAGCAACACAACACCAGGUGGUGGGACUGCACAACAGCCCCCAGGUCCUACAGCGCAGCUAUCCACAGAACAAAGUCCAUUUUAA